AAGCAACCCGAGCUCAGGCAUUUGCAUUUGUUGGCGCCGAUUGAGCAACACCCUCAUUACUCACCCCUCCCCUGGCAAUGCCUCCUACAUAGACCCUCACUCGAAAAACCAUGGCCUCCACCGCACCGCCUAUCCUCCCCGGCCGACGACGCGUCUUCGCCUCCGUCUUCCCGCCCUCCUCGCUCGACGACUUCCGACCCGCGCCCCCUGCGACCGAGCCCGCGCCCGCGCCGGAACAGACGACGUGGGAUGCGUCGUGGCGCGCGGUAACCAGCUUCCUGGGUAUCCCGGAUAAUGGAUUCUUUCUGGCGAGUCAGAUCAGCGAGGAGGAGUUUCUUCGUCGCGCGAAUCGGCAUCAGACGCCGUCGAAGGAGGUCAUGGGGGCGUUGGAGUAUGUGACUGCGCAGGGACGGGAUGAGCUGGCUGAGGCGGGAAGGCAGAGUAUUAUUGAUUGGUACGGGAAUGAGAUUCGGAGGCAUUUCCUGAAGAAUUUCAGAGAGGGGUUGUUUGCGUUGUUGAAUGACCCGGAGAAGGAUGGGCUGCUGCAGAGGAUCGUGCAUUGCUUGCAGCUGGCGAGACGGAUAUACUUCGCUCCGCUGAUGGAGUAUAUUUUGCCGUUGCUAGCUCGCUCGGAGCAGGAGAGGGUGUUUAUCAAACUGCGGCGCGAGUUCCAUAUGAUGAUCUCGUAUGGGCUGCCGUGGCCGAAGGUUUCGGGGUUGCUGGCGCGCGAGGUCACGAAGGAGACGGUCGUUGUGCUGGGAAUCGAUACCCUGAACGACGGGGACCUCAGUGAGACGGAGAGUGUGGAUAAUAUGGAGAUUGACCGGCAACAUUCUGUGUCAUAUCGCAACUGGAAGGACGAGCCGUCUGCUGAUAUCCGAGUGCAUAUGAUGACGGAGAGCGAGGAUGAGCAGGUCACGGGGGCUCGCGAGCGACUGUUGUCUCUAUUCACAGGGCUCCAGCUUGUCGGGUUUGGCGGAGAAAAAGCCCAGAAGGUCUUUGCGGAUGUGAUGAAUACCAUGGUGACUGAGUUUGUGCGUGCCGCGUAUACGGGUCAAUGGGAGGGUCCGUCGUUGGUGGCGGAGCAUCUACGACAGUGGAUCGAGAAUGUGUUUGCUCGGCUGGUGGUGCAGGUCCUGGCCAUCAUCAAUGUGCCGGAGUCUGGUGCCAAAGAAGAGGAUUAUCUGGAUGUGAAUCUCAGUGACGUGGACAAGUGGCAGGACAUCGCCAUCGCGCGACUGGGGGCGCUCCGGACCAGUGAGCUCUUCGAGGUGAUUGUGGAAUGGCCUGCCAGCAGCGGAGCCAUCGAGGAUCUCCGAUAUUUCACCACAUACACGGCGGCGCGACUCCAUCUCACGCAUUCUUUUGUUGCAGUACUCAACCGUCGACUUCUCCAUCCCGGGGCAUCGACCGUCGAGAUCCUACAGCUAUACAUUUCGAUCAUCCGGGCGUUCAACCUCCUUGACCCUAAAGGGGUGCUACUGGACCGGAUAGCUCGACCGAUCCGCCGAUACCUUCGCGACCGCGACGACACGGUCAAGGCCAUCGUCGGCGGGCUUUUGGCCGACCCGUCUGAGGCCGACGGACAUGCCGCCUCAGGCGGAGAAACGCUGGUGGAACUGUCCGCCGAGCUGACCAAAGCGCACCAGAACUCGCUGCGCAAUGAAUCAGGUGAGCUGGACUGGGAUGAUAUGAACUGGAUCCCCGACCCAGUGGAUGCAGCGCCCGACUACCGGAAAUCGAAGAGCUCCGACGUCAUCGGCAGCUUGAUCAGUCUGUUCGAGUCCAAGGAGACCUUCGUGAAGGAGAUGCAGAACAUGCUGGCGGAGCGACUGCUCGAGAAACGCACCGAGUUCGACCAGGAGAUGUCCGUCCUGGAGCUGCUCAAGGUGCGCUUCGGCGACAACGCCCUGCAGGCCUGCGAGGUCAUGCUGCGCGACAUCUUCGAUUCCCGACGCGUCGACACCGUCGUGCGCAGAGACCAGGGUCUGGGCACCAGCACCAGCACCACCAAGGAUCACGACCAACCCGACCUCCACGCCAAGAUCCUCUCGCACUUCUUCUGGCCCGACAUCCAAGAACAGGAAUUCUCCGUGCCCGCCGACAUUUCGCAGCUCCAGCAGCGCUACUCCGCCGGCUUCGCCUCCCUCAAGCAGUCCCGCAAACUCACCUGGCUGAACGGCCUCGGCCAAGUCACCGUCGAACUGGACCUCGAGGACCGCGUCUUCGUCGACGAAGUCACCACCUGGCAAGCCACCGUCAUCCACGCCUUCAACUCCGAAACCGACGGCCCCAUCUCCCUCACCGUCGACCAACUCUCCCAAACCCUGCACAUGUCCACCCCCCUCGUGCGCAGCGCCUGUCUCUUCUGGGUCAGCAAACGCAUCCUCACCGAAUCGCCACGAGACACCUUCCGCGUCCUCGAAGUCCUCCCCACCGAAGACGACGACGCCGCCGCCACAGGACGAGGAACAUCGCCGACCUCCGCAACUGACUCCGCGGAACCCGCGCACGCCGCCGCCGCCGCCAGCGCUGCCGCCGCAGCGGCCGCGAAAGAAACCGCCGAGGCAGCAGCCAUGGAGAAGAUGAACCUGUACUGGCAGUUUAUCGUGGGGAUGCUGACGAACCAGGGCGCGAUGCCGCUGCAGCAGAUCGUGAUGAUGUUGAAGAUUGCGGUGCCGGGCGGGUUCCCGUUUAGUAAUGAGGAGUUGCGGGAGUUUUUGGCGGGCAUGGUGGCCAAGGGGAAGUUGGAGAUUGUGAGUGGCGGGAAUUAUCGCAUUGUACAAUAGUAUUUCCAUUCCUAUAGUAUGUGGGUAAUGAGUGGGUGUGGGUAUGGGUAUGGGAGUAGGGAGAGGGGUCU